UGUUUCAGAAUCUUUACCGUGUUUGCCCUAAAUAUCAGCAUUUCUCGAACGGGAGCACCUACAAAGGGUAUUAAUGCAUGGUCGUACCUCUGUAUGUAUGAGCUACGAGAUCUCAUGUGUGGGAGGAGCUCAGAACUUCCAGGACGAAGUAAAGUUCGUUUCUGACCGCUAUCAAAGUGGCAACAUAGACAUUUAUCUGCGUCGAGAAUGCUUUGACGGACAAAGAAGAGUUGUCAUAUCAAGGACAAACGUGAACGUCGUGGUGAUCUUUGUGCAUAGAUACAUAUGUGCAUUCGCGGUGCUUUGAAGUUCUUUCCAUACCUUUUUGUCACAUGUUCAC